GAGAAAUGAAAUUCACAAGGCUGUGUCUCAUUGCACCGGUUCUGGCAACUGACUGACAGAAAUGAGCAGUCUAUGUGCUGCUGACUUAGAAGCAUUUUUUGGAAGAAGCAUCAUCGGGAAGCAAGUAUGCCUACUGGGCUGGGCCCCUGAAAAGCUUCUCUAUAAAAGCCGGACCAAGAGUUUUUAAAGGCAGAACUGAGCAAGUCUCACUGAACAGAGACGGAGCGCCACGAGAGUUGAACAGCUUGGAGAGGACCACGCCUUCCUACCCUGAGCCGAGGAUGCUGUGCCGCUUGCAUCUCACCGCGCCACGCAGUCCCUUGCGCAGCCGUGCCCUUUGGCCGAGCCCUGGCUCUCUCUUUGAGGAACUGGAGCGAGAGAUGGAUGCCGUCUGGGACUUGCUGAGCGGUCACUGGCAGCCUGCAGUGAGCAGCCCUGAUUCUGCCCGGAGCACAGUCACAGCAAACCCUGCUGAAGCAUUUGCAGUGACCCAAGAUAUGGCUGGGUUUGACCCCAGGGAGUUGGUGGUCAAGCUGGUUGGGGAGAAAGUGGUGCUCACGGGCAAGAAGGCCACACAGACUCCCAAUGGCCCCUUCCGCUACGAGCUGUUCCGGAGGGAGUGGGAUGUACCUGAGAAUGUGGACCGAGACCGCCUGACCUGCUCUAUUUCUAGAGAGGGACAACUGCGAAUUGAAGCCCCAUCCAUGGCGUCGGAACCCGCAGCAAGGACAGUGCCCAUUGAGGUUGGCCAGUCGGGGAACAGCGCACAAGCCGGGCCGGAAUCAGGAGGUGCCGAAGAUACCAGGGCCAAAGCAUGACAGACUGAAUGGGAAAGACUUUUUUCUUUAACAAAAAAAAGUUUCUAGAAACUACCAAUGGCUAUGUUCUGCUAAUAAAUAUCCUUUUAAUAUGUUUGUG